AUGAGUCAGAACCCCGAAGGUUCCACUUCCGGCGACGAGCACGACGCGCCGGGCCCAACCCCAGUCACGGCUAUCCCGAUAGCCCCCGCCUUUGUUGAUACCAUCAUGGAGCGUUUUGCCCGACAAGACGCCGCCCAAAAAGAAGCUACCGAGCAAAUCGCCGCAAUCGCAGCACUACUCGCUCCUCUCGCCGGUGCUCCAGACGCGGCCACCGACACCAUCCGCAGGCAACUGUUCGUAAGUGACAUAGCUGCUAACCCGACGAGUCACGGCGCUCCUCCCAGUACUCUGAACCCGGACGCCGCGCCUUUCACCCCUGCGAACCCAGAUCUACAGAUGGUUCGCGAAGUAGCAGCACUCAAACAGUCGCUCCUAGACAUCAACUCCAAGAUACACUGUGUCACCACCUCUGCGCCGCAGAUAGAACGUGUUCUGGCGAACACCCUCCGAACACCAUUCUCCCCGGCGAUAACCGGCGUCAGAUUACGACACAUCGAGAAGCUCCGACUACCGACGUACGAAGGUCUCACCGACCCGACGACUCACAUCACGUCUUUCAACAUCGCAGUACGCCGUGCAAACUUCUCCGACGAAGAACGCGACGCCGGCUACUGUCAACUUUUUGUUGAAAGCUUGAAAGGACCGGCCCUUACUUGGUUCACGGGCCUCGCUGAGAACUCUAUUAGAGAUUUCCACGACCUGUCGUCCGCUUUCCUGAAGAACUACAUCAUGUUCACUCAAGAAGACGCGACGGUAUCUGACCUCUUCAACCUUGCCCAAGGAAAAGACCAAAGCCUGCGCAACUUCAUGGAGAAGUUCAAAGCCAUAGUCUCGAAGGUUGUCUUACCCGACAGCGUCGCGGUCGCCGCGCUUAAAAACACGUUGUAUGUCCACUCGGUUUUCCGCGAUGACCUCUACAGGAACCCCACGACGUCUCUUUCGGACGCCAUCGCGCGCUCCCAUAACUUUAUCCGCAUGGAAGAGGAUACAAAGGCCCUGAUAGGCAAGCUGAACGCGUCUAAAGCUGCAACAGCCGACAAAACCGGCACAAAGAACGCGGAUAGUCGACAUGAGCCACGACAACACUCAUCAGGCGACCGAGCAGCCCAAAAGAAGAAUUUCGUGUACGCUGUUGACGAAGAGAGCUCCCCGGCGUCAACGACUGUUGUGCGCGAGAAAGGAUGGAACGUUUACAACCGCGAAACCGACGGAAAAACGCCGGAUUCCUCAGCAGCAGUGAGUUCUCGGCCUCCGGGAGCCGAGAAGUGGUGCGAUUACCACAACGCUAAGUCGCAUAAUACCAGAGAAUGUAAGACGCUCUUCGAGCAAUUCCUCUCCUCUGUCGAGAACGGAAAACUCGAAAUCGAACCCCCGAAACCUAGGGCCCGAGGACCGGCGAGCUGGAGCAAGAACAAAGACAGGAAAACCAGCAAGUCGCAAGGCAAAGCCCCUCAGCAAGAGAGACGUGCAACGCCCGAAGAAGCAGCUCCAGCAUCCCCGGAAAAGGAUAACUCGUCUAGCGACGAGGAAGCGCCGAGAAACCGGCGGCGAGUCGAGACUGUCUUCACAAGACCCGCCAAAGGCACGGGCGAUCAUGAACUUCCGAGAGCGAGAAGACGCAUCAACGUCGUCCUAACGCAACUGGAAUCUCCAAGCGACGAACCUGAACAAGUUUCUCCUCCAGACCUGCGCGCUCAGCUGAGCCGCCCAUCACUUGGCGAUCUACGGAACAUCCUCAAGCGGAAGGAGAAAUCUGCGACAGACGUCCCCGAUCUCCGCGAGAAGAUCAACUCCUCAAAGACUCGCCGACUAAAUAAACCAAGUCCCGUGAAGUCCCGCCCCGCGGAUCUGCGAGAAAAGCUCAAUUCCAGGAAACCAGAUUUGCAAAGCCAGCUCGAUCGCCCCCUGUACUCCGACCUUCGACAAAAGCUCAACGUCUCUAGAACUCAGCAUCCCAACCAAGACAAAGACACCGUCAUCAAUGUUAUUAUGGGAGGAUCCCCACCCUGCAGCGAUUCUGUCAGGUCCAUUAAAGACUACCGUCGCCAGGCAACUUCCUCGCGUAAGUGGCCGACGAAACCCGAGAACGACCAUCAAAUCACUUUCUCGCCUGACGACGCCCUUGGCAUCCACAUGCCACACAACGACCCCCUUCUCGUCGAACUCGGAAUCGGCGACUGUCAGGUCACCAAAAUCCUCAUCGACACUGGCAGCUCUGUCGAUCUGAUCUUCCGAGACACACUCGACAAGAUGGGCGUCGAUACGGGAAGUAUGAAACCGUCAUCCCGCUCCCUUACAGGCUUCAACGGAUCCUCCGAAGCCAUGAUCGGCACAAUCCGCCUUCCAGUAUACGCAUGUGGCACAACACGAACCGUGAAGUUCUCGGUCGUCGACUCUAAAGCCCCCUAUAACGCGAUCCUAGGCACCCCUUGGCUGCAUUCGAUGCAAGCGAUCCCAUCGACUUACCAUCAGUGCGUCAAGUUCCCGGGACCAGACGGCAAAAUCCGAACGCUGCGGGGCGAUCAGCAAGCCGCUAGAGAUCUGUUAAUCGCAACCAUAAAACUUCAGCGACAAACCUCGCAUGUUAACACCGUCUCAAACCCCUUACAGAAGGCGUUUCCCCAGCAAGAGGAAGUUAUCGACAUAUCCCUCGACGUUGCUGACCAUAGCAAAGUGAUCCGCAUCGGAGCAUCCCUGCCGGAAGAUAUGCGGCAGCAACUCACCGAGUUUCUCCGUCAGAACGUCUCCACCUUCGCCUGGACUACAUCCGACAUGAAAGGGAUCGAUCCAGCAAUUACCUCUCAUGAGUUAAACGUUGAUCCCACCUUCAAGCCUAUCCGCCAAAAGCGCCAGAAACUAGGACCCGAACGAACAAAGGCAGUCAACGACGAGGUGGACCGCCUGCUCACCGCCGACUCAAUCAUGGAAGUCAAGUACCCCGACUGUUUCCCCCUCCCACACAUCGACCGUUUAGUCGAAUCGACUGCCGGAAACGCCCUCUUGACGUUCAUGGACGCAUUCUCUGGAUACAACCAGAUAAUGAUGCAUCCCGACGACCGCGAGAAGACGGCGUUCAUAACAGAUCGAGGAACCUACUGCUACAAGGUAAUGCCCUUCGGUCUUAAAAACGCGGGAGCCACCUACCAGCGCCUUGUCAACCGCAUGUUCGCUGACAAGCUAGGCUCGACGAUGGAAGUCUACAUCGACGACAUGCUGGUCAAGUCACUCCGAGCCGAGGAUCACCUCACGCACCUCAAAGACUGCUUAACAACACUCAACGAGUACGGCAUGAAACUGAACCCGGCUAAAUGCACGUUCGGCGUUAUGUCCGGCGAAUUUCUCGGAUAUAUCGUCACUCAGAGAGGUAUUGAAGCUAAUCCCAAACAGAUAUCGGCGAUCCUCGAUCUCCCAAGCCCUAAGAACAGCCAAGAAGUGCAACGCCUCACUGGCCGAAUAGCAGCGCUCAACAGGUUCAUCUCGCGAUCUACCGAUAAGUGUCUUCCCUUCUUUGAAUUGUUGCGAGGAAACAAACGAUUCAUCUGGGACGACAAAUGCGAGGAGGCCUUUGGCCAACUUAAGCGAUAUCUGACUACUCCUCCAGCACUCUCGAAACCAGAAGCAGGUGACAUUCUCACCCUCUAUAUUGCCGUCACACCUAUCGCCGUCAGCAGCGUGCUCAUACGCGAAGAUCGGGGGGAGCAAAAACCGAUCUUCUACACGAGCAAACGCAUGACCGAAGCUGAAACCCGCUAUCCCACCCUCGAGAAAAUGGCGCUUGCAGUGGUACACUCAGCGAGGAAACUCCGCCCGUACUUUCAGUCUCACACAAUUGAAGUUCUCUCCAAUCAGCCCCUCCGAACAAUCAUGCAGAACGCCAACCACUCUCGGCGGCUAACGAAAUGGGCGAUGGAGCUCAGCGAGCAUGACAUCGUAUACAAGAACCGAACAGCAGCCAAGUCCCAGGUCCUCGCUGACUUCCUGAUCGAACUCACACCCGAACUCGAGCAGGAUCUGGCCGUGUCAUCUCGCAAUUGGAUUCUGCACGUCGACGGCUCCUCAACCAAUAAAGGAUCCGGCGCCGGCGUUCAGCUUCAAUCCCCAACCGGCGAACUGAUAAGACAGUCUUUUAGCUUCGGCUUUCCCGCUUCCAACAACGAGGCUGAGUACGAAUCUCUCCUUGCAAGAGCCAAACGCCUCAGUGCCUACUGCGACUCUCAGCUCGUCGCCAGUCAAUAUAACAGCGAGUACGAUGCUCACAAUGCAAGAAUGGACGCCUAUCUCAAGCUUGUUCAGGACCUCACGAAAGACUUCGAAUUUUUCGAACUCACCAAAGUCCCGAGAGGAGAGAACGUCUGCGCUGAUGCUCUAGCAGCCCUUGGGAGCAAGCUACACGAUCAGAUCAUGCGGACAAUUCCCAUUCAUCGGAUCGAGAGCCCCAGCAUAACGGCACAAAGCGCGAGUACCUCCUCUGUCUCUGCGGUAGCUGUUACAGCCGAUAUGAACGUCGAUCCCUCAUCAGACGAAACCCCCGAUUGGCGUACCGAUUUGAUCAACUACUUAGCACACGGCAACCUUCCAGAUGAUAAGUGGCUAGCGCGAAGACUGAAGGCACGCAGUGCCCAUUACGUCGUCAUCGAGGGCGAACUACACCGUUGGAACGCCAACAAGGUCCUCCUGAAAUGCAUUUCAGGCGACGAAACGCGACUGGUCAUGGCUGAAAAUCACGAAGGCGCGGCGGGUAAUCAUUCCGGAGGACGAGCUCUAGCACUUAAAACACGCACCCACGAUCCGUUUAUGCGUUGGGCAAUGGAUAUCAUCGGGCCCAUGCCGAAUUCACGAGGCAAGCGUUUCGUUCUCGUCCUGACUGAUUAUUUCACCAAAUGGAUCGAAGCGGAAGCCUUCGCCAACGUCACCGACAAUGAAGUUCAGAAAUUCGUCUGGCGCAACAUUAUUUGUCGUCACGGUUUUCCUUACGAGAUCAGUAACGGCCAGGCAGAGUCAUCCAACCGUACGAUCAUCGACGGCUUAAAGAAACGACUAGAUUUGAAAAAAGGCUGCUGGGCCGACGAGCUAGACGGUGUCCUUUGGUCUCACCGCACCACGCCUCGUUCCGCGACUAAGUGCACUCCAUUCUCCAUGGCCUACGGCGUUGAAGCAAUGGCUCCCGCCGAAGUUAAUGUAACUAGUCUCCGAAGAUCUCGAAUGCCUCAACACGUUGAGCUCAAUCAAAGUAUGCUCCUCGACGCACUUGACGCAAUCGAAGAACGCCGCGAUCAAGCUCUGCUCCGAAUCCAGAACUACCAACAUCAAAUCGAGAGCUACUAUAAUAAGAAGGUCAAGUCGCGCCCUCUUGAACAAGGUGAUCUCGUUCUUCGAAAAGUCUUCGAGAACACUAGAGAGUGGAAGGCUGGCAAGCUUGGAACUAAUUGGGAAGGGCCAUACAAAAUCACACAAGUGAUCAAACCUGGAGUCUAUCGCCUGGAAACGUCAACCGGUGAAGCAGUUCCGCGUGCCUGGAAUUCCAUGCAUCUAAAGCGAUACUCUCCAUAA